AAAAUGUACUGGGACUCGUGACACGCCUCGUUGUUUAACAAAGACUGCCAAACUGCGAGAUUAAUACGAAAACUUGAGUCCACAACAAAAUGCCUUAAAGCACUCAGUGGUUUGUCGCGUUCACAACGGUAGAGGGAUUAUGUGCAUUUUAUUUUUUAGAUGUAUUAGGUGGAUACGCAGUGGUGUUGCAAGGGGGUAGCCCCUUUUGUCGCCUACCGAGCAAGGUUAAAGCGACAAAGGCGCGUUCGUUCGCUCGGAUGGAGUUGGUCUCACGCUGUUUUAUCUUAUUAUUUUCUCUUCUUAUGGAAGGCUGUGUACGCGACGAAGAUCGGCUUGCGCCCUUUUGGACAGUUUAAUGUUCACUUUGCCCAUAGCCGGUCUGUGCUUUCGGCAAGGUACACAUUGGAGACCCGCGGAAAUGAGACAAGUUUUUCUACAAAGGUAUCACGGAGAGGUCAGGGGCUAAACCUGUGGCGUUGGAAAACGAAGAAGGGGCUUAUGAGCUCUCGGUGCGGCGAAAAAGAAAGAAAGACUCGGAACCAACAGAAGCCGGUGUGCCUCUUGUUGCGUCUCUUGUGCAGCAACAGAGUUGGUGAAAGGGAGCAAUCUAAGACGAGAUGAAAUGCCCCGAGGAGCGAACAGCACAACUGCACGGACCUUCUGCCAGGAGAGGAGAAGUCUUGGAAGACACUUGAGGAUCCCCCCCCCCCUUUCUCAUCGACUACCAUCUUUUGACCAAGUCAUUCGACAAGAAAACUUUUUUUUUCCUUUUUGAAAAUCCUCAUGGAAUGGCAUCACAAGUGAAAAUCUUCGCAGGACCAUCGACGGCAACGAUGGAGUCCCUUCAAGGCUUCAGGAAGCUGCUUUCUUGCAUAAAAUUCGGUGUUAAUAAACAGCAUCAUCCCGGUCAGCUUCCAAGAGGCCGUUGGAAAGAGACCGUCACGUGACAUCUGGUGCCAAUGUUCUUCCAGAAGGUCGUCAAGACCCUGGUAGCCGGUUACGCCAAUUCUUUUGGAAAUGCAGAAAACGACCUACUACGACAACUCGACGCUAUUUGGAGGUUACUCGUACCAAGGGGCCAACGGCUUUGGCUAUGAUGCACCCCAACCUGCCUUCCAGUCCUCACCUCACCUCGAAGGCGACUACCAGAGGUCUGCCUGCUCUCUCCAGUCUUUAGGGGGGAACAGCGCCCCUCCGCAGCAGCAUGCCAAGACGAAAGAGCUGAAUGGCAGCUGCAUGCGCCCCAGCCUGCCACCUGAACACCACCCACCCCCCCAAGUGUCCCCCCCCCUCAACCCUGCCAACGCCACCAGCAGCAGCAGUGCCCCCGCCCAGCAGCCGGGUGGCAGCGGUGGGGCUUCUAAGUCAGCCGCAAAGACGUCCUCUCUACCCCCCAACCCCACCCUCACCAAGCAGAUCUUCCCCUGGAUGAAAGAAUCGAGGCAGAACACAAAGCAAAAAAACGGCUCUCCAAGCGCAAGUUCAGCUAAUGCGGAGAGCAGCGGUGGCGAGAAAAGCCCCCCGGGUUCAGCUGCGUCCAAGAGAGCGCGCACCGCCUACACGAGCGCGCAGCUGGUGGAGCUGGAGAAAGAGUUCCAUUUCAACCGUUACCUGUGCAGGCCUCGGCGAGUGGAGAUGGCUAACUUGCUUAACCUCAGCGAGCGCCAGAUUAAGAUAUGGUUCCAGAACCGUCGUAUGAAGUACAAAAAAGAUCAAAAAUCGAAAGGGAUGGGCUCUUCUUCAGGUGGUCCGUCGCCCACUGGAAGCCCUCCCCUAUCCCUGCAGUCCUCCGCUGGUUUUAUGAACUCCAUGCAUUCAAUGGCAGGUAGCUACGACGCACCUUCCCCGCCAUCCUUCAACAAGCCCCAUCAGAACGCCUAUGCCAUGUCCUCAGCCUACCAAAACCCAAUGAAAACCUGCCCCGCUCAACAGAAGUAUGCCAACACCGCGCCAGAGUAUGACCCGCACGGGCUACAGGGUAAUAGUGGCAAUUACGGAACUCCCAACAUGCAGGGCAGCCCCGUGUACGUGGGGGGGAACUACGUUGAGUCAAUGCCCACCUCCGGGCCGUCUAUGUACGGCCUCAACCACCUGCCUCACCACCAGGCAGGAAACAUGGAGUACAACGGUGCCACGCAGAUGUCAGCCAGCCAACAUCACGGACCGUGCGACCCCCACCCGACAUACACCGAUCUGUCGGCGCACCAUCCUUCUCAGGGUAGAAUCCAGGAAGCACCCAAGUUAACUCAUCUGUAGCAGGUUUGAAAAACAAAACAAACGAAAUGACAACUUCUACUAACUAACCCAUGGGACGCUGCAAUGGGGGUUGAAAUAAAAAGACGAUCCAGUGGUUUGUUACCCUGUCCAAGCUGUUGUCUAGGUGUUGUCUAACCAUUGUGCGUCACGUUCCCCAUGAUUUCCAUUUUGAUUUACGUUGUACUUUGGCUAAGGAGGGGGCCUCCCCUGAAAGAGAGUAAUGGAGAAGUCGUAGUUGAAUUAAAUGGACAGUUAACAAGGUCCGAGAUUUACCUCUUCGAGACCUUUUUGACUCAAUGGAACACAUGUUAUGUCAAUGGAGAAUUGUGUCGCCCGACUGCGUCAGCAAAAUGGCUAAUGUUGACAUCACAUAUCCACAGAAAGGAGAACAUAUCUCCGUCUCAGUAUAGUUGCAAGCAAACCACUGGAUUGUUUUAGAUGACUUCCCUUUCACAUUACCUCUCUUUUGAAAUGCCACACUAACCCACUGUCCUUUGACAUUAUUUUCAUGUCUUUGCCAACAUUGUGUCUCCAAGGAAAUUUUUCACACAGUCCUCAGAGUCCCUUGCACCUCCCUCGGGUCAGAAUUUGGGCUCACACAUUGCUAUGCUAAACUAACAUUCAUACAAACUCAAGGGGACAUAAGCGAUGGUUGUUUUCGUUGGCAUAUCAUCGGUACAGGGUAUAAGAGGAAUUAAAAACUCCUUUAUUUAUGUUAGGCUCCUUGCCUCCUCUCUCUUUGUCUCUCUCUCUGUCUUUCUAUCUCACUCUCUCUCACUCUAUCUCUCUCUCUCACACCAACUCUAUCUCUCUCCCUCCCUUAUUCUCUCUUUCUCUCUUUCAAUCUAUAGCCUAAGGGUUCACUUACAUUAGCCAACACUAAUGCGAAUAGCCCACAUUUUUUCAUGUCUUGACUUAACGUGGAAACAGGGUAUAUUUGAACAAAAUGCAUGUCCGGGAAAAAAGCGUAGGUGUAAGCUUACACUAAUGCUUUCUCGUCUGGGCGUCAUUGUUGCACUUAGAGUUUACAUUUUGAUGGGUAAGGAAAAAAAUAAAUCUUAUUUUGAAACGGAAGACCUCCAAUCAGUGUCUUUCGCAAUGUGUGUUCAAAUGAACAUCCAUAAAUAUAUAUUUAUUUGUUAUAGCCAGUUUAAAAACUUUCUUUUUUUAUUAUUUAUCCCCCAUGUAUUUAUAUCAAGAAAAAAAUGUACUUUUUUAGUAUUUACCUGUUAUAAAGACGUUGUGUUCUUGUCAUUGUAACGAAUUCAUUAUAGUUCUUGUAUUUUAGAAAUAAGUAGUUUUAUGUUACCCUUGUACAUAAAUAAUGUCAUUACUUGUACAGGGGACGCGAGGACGGAAUCAGACCGUUCCUGCAUAGUCGAGAAUUAGACAAUAUAGAUAAACACUUUUUGGAGAACUUCCUUUGUCCUUUGUAGCUCCUUUCAUUUCCUUGUCAAGAGUUGUCUGUUGAGCAAUUCUUUAAUAAAAUGUUAUGUUAUUCA